AUGGACAAAAAUCAAGCCAAGCACUCUUUUAAUAAUUAUGUCUCUUUUAGAACACAAGCAAGAGAAGAACUAACGGAAAUAGAAAAAAUUACUAAUCUUCAAGAACAAAAUCAAAAAGUUAAUUCUGCCUUUGAAAAACAUUCGAGGAAUCUUUUAAAUGCUCAAGGUCUUCUUAAUUCUCAUAAUAUAAAUGGAGAGGUUAGUAUGAAUGAUUUUUGGGAUUAUAGUGGUAUAGUCAAUAAGUUAAAAGAGAUAAAAGCCAAAUAUGAAGAGGAAAGCAACAAAAACGACACUAACAGUGCUAAUAUUCUAAACAGCCUUAAUUACUGUUCUGAAUGUAAAAAAACAAUAACUGGUCAAUAUUUCCAAAAAGAUGGGAAAAAAUUUUGUUCUCAACAUUGCUUUGAUGAAUAUUGCCUUUGUGAUAAUUGUGCGAGGGGUUUAAUUUGUGAAAUUUGCUAUCGAGGAGUUUGCAGUGAGUGUUAUCAACCUAAUCCUGAGAAUUAUUAUUAUCAUAGAGAAAAGGUAGACAAUAAUAAGUUUUGCUCUGAAGACUGCUUUAUUAAUCAUUAUGAAAAGGAAUUAGCCCAAGAAAAAAAAAUACAAAAUCAUGAAGAAACCUUAGUCGAAUUAAAAAAACUAAGCAAGGAACGGAAAGACAUGACUAAUGACUUUAACCAAGGACUUAAUGAUUAUCAACAAUUACUUUCAGAAAUCAUGCAAUUAGAACAAAAUCCUACUAAUUCUAACAUUCAAGAAUUAGACUCUAAAAAACAACAAUUAAAGGCUUUAGAGACUAAAUCUAAAGAACUAAUUAAACCUUUACCUUUAGAUACUCAAAUUACUAUCUUACAGAAAGAAAUCAAAGUUUUAGAAUCUAAACCUACUAAAAACCCUCUAGAAGAAGUAUUAUUAGCCGAUAAAAAGAAAGAAUUAGCGGAAUUACUAAAAAAACAAAGUAAUUCUCAUGUUAAUAAUGCUAAACCUAGUGAUAAAACUGCUCUUUAUAUAGGAUUAGGGGUGAUUGGAGUAGUCUUAGUGGGGUUUUUGGUGCUGGGUCAAGGUUACUCUCCUGAACAAUUGGUUAAUGAUAAUAGUUAUGUUAGGAAGCAAAAAGAAAAAGAUAUUAAAGGUAAAGAACCACAGUUAAUUAAUAAUGAGCAAAAGUUAAGAGAAGAAUAUUGCUCUUGUAAACAAGCAUCUAAUAGUUCUUUUUUGCAAUCUCCGCCAUUUAAUCAUUGUAAACCACAACAAACGAUAACGAAUAUUAUUCAUCACGAAAGUUUUUGCUACAAUCAAGUUAAGGAAUGGAUUGGUGCUGGCUUAAAUCCUAAUGAUGCUAAUUUCGCUAGUUAUUUAAAAGAAUUAGGCUACAUACCCCAAGCAGUCUUAGGCUACCAUGAAUGGUUAAAAAAAACAAGAGAGGAAUACACUAAAUGA